GAGGGGGGAGGAGUGUGGCCUAGUGCGCCUGCGCGGGUCCCGGGGAGAGCGGGCGACGGUUCCAGUCGGAGGGAAGCUUCGAUUUUGUCGUCGCCACCCGGGUCGCUGAGCGAUUGAGGAGGGAAAUCGUUGCCGUCAUGGACGAGGAGUACGACGUGAUCGUGCUGGGCACCGGGCUGACGGAAUGUAUCCUUUCUGGAAUAAUGUCAGUAAAAGGCAAGAAAGUUCUUCACAUGGAUCGCAACUCGUACUAUGGGGGUGAAAGUGCAUCUAUAACCCCUUUGGAAGAUCUGUAUAAAAGAUUUAAUCUCCCUGGUUCACCACCAGAAUCCAUGGGCAGGGGAAGAGACUGGAACGUGGACCUGAUCCCAAAGUUUCUCAUGGCAAAUGGACAACUUGUGAAGAUGCUUCUAUAUACAGAGGUCACCCGUUACCUUGAUUUUAAGGUUGUUGAAGGCAGUUAUGUUUACAAAAAAGGCAAAAUCUACAAAGUUCCCUCAACUGAGACAGAAGCCUUGGCUUCCAACUUGCUGAGCUUUAUGGAAAAAAAUAGAUAUAGGAAACUUCUGCAGCGUGUGGCUCUGUACGAUGAAAAUGAUUCUUCAACUUGGGAUGGUUUUGACCCCAAGAAAACAACAAUGAGAAACAUGUACGAAAAAUGCAAUUUGGGGAAGGAUGUCAUGGAUUUCACAGGCCAUGCCCUCGCCUUGUAUAGGACUGAUGACUACCUUGACCAACCUUGCCUUGAGACGAUAAACAGGAUUAAGCUUUAUAGCGAAUCGCUAGCUCGUUAUGGGAAAAGUCCAUACCUUUAUCCACUUUAUGGCCUUGGAGAGUUGCCUCAGGGCUUUGCCAGGUUAAGUGCCAUAUAUGGUGGGACCUAUAUGUUAAACAAGCCUAUUGAAGAGAUAGUAAUGGAAAAUGGUCGUGUGGUCGGAGUAAAGUCUGAAGGAGAGGUUGCACGAUGUAAGCAGCUGAUCUGUGACCCAAGUUACGUAUCUGACCGUGUGAAGAAAGUUGGCCAAGUGAUAAGGGUCAUCUGUAUCUUGGGCCACCCCAUUAAGACCAUAGCAAAUGUCAAUUCCUGUCAGAUCAUCAUUCCACAAAACCAGGUCAACAGAAAAUCUGACAUCUACAUCUGCAUGAUAUCUCAUGCUCACAAUGUAGCUGCUCAAGGAAAGUACAUUGCCAUCAUUAGCACAACAGUGGAGACCAGCGAUCCUGAGAAAGAAAUUCAACCAGCAUUGAACCUUCUAGAGCCUGUGGAACAGAAAUUUGUUUGCAUCAGUGAUAUGUAUCUUCCAGUUGACUUGGGAACUGAAACACAGAUAUUCAUUUCAAGAACAUACGAUGCAACUACCCACUUUGAGACCACCUGUGAUGAUAUCAAAGAUAUUUACAGGAGGAUGACGGGGAUAGAUUUAGACUUUGAAGAAAUGAAGCGCAAACAGAAUGACAUCUUUGGAGAAGAUGAGCAGAAAGAAACAAAAUAGGCCUGAUAUCCACUUGGUUGAUUCAACGGGUGCAGGAGGUCUGCGGGGAGAGUUUGUAAUGUAAUGUGGGGGCUGCUUAAUUUUAAAUUGCAUCUUCAAGAUCCUGACAAGUAUUGCACUGAUUAUAGAUGGUAACCCCAUUAUUUGUCUUUGGCAUCAUGUGUAAAUUUUUUGCUGAUAUCUUAAGGGGUGCUAUUCAAAGAUAGCAAUUUGCUUGUGUCUCCUGUUUUGAUCAAAGGUUUUGGAGAAGGGUUGAGGGUGGUAAAAUAGUGACUAAAUUUGGAUGCAUUCUUUAAUGGAACAAUGUAAAAAUGCUGAAUUGAUAUUCCAUACUGUUCGUGAAAGUAUCUACUGCCAUUUGCUUUAACAUCAGCUGGAACAUUUAAAGGUUUAAAAUUUCAUUGCAUAAUUGACUAACUGUUUAUGAUGGAUUGAUUGUGUACAAUUGCAACUUCACAAUAAAGUUGUAUGUACCACC